AUGGGCCAAUUCUACAAACAAGUCAAAGGAUCCGCCACGGGAAAUCCAGCAUCCCCCAUUUUCGCAGAAAUUGUCUUGAACUCGCUGUUAUUGUAUGUGGUGGAGAAGUGUAGCUUUUUAAUACCCUUUUUAUAUAUCUAUGUCGAUGACAUCAUUACAUGUAUACCUAGAGACAAGGUUCAGUACAUGUUGGAACUAUUAAAUUCUUAUCACCCUGACCUGAAAUUCACCUACGAACUCGAAAAUAAUUGCUCUAUACCCUAUUUAGAUUUAUUGAUUAUAAGAAAGGAAGAUAAAAUUAUCACCGAUUUAUACCAAAAGCCAACAUCCUCUGGAAGGAUUCUAAAUUAUAAAUCAUGUCACGCCUUCAAACAUAAGAUAGCAAUAAUAAAGAACAUAAAACAAAAGAGCAUAACUCUAUCUGAUCCAUGUUUCCAUCAAAAGAAUUUUUUGUUUUUUACUCAGUACCUGAAAAAUAAUGGAUAUCCACUAACACUCAUCAAUAGUCUAUUUUAUUCAUCACAGAAUACUAGUCAGGACCAGAUGAGCCACGCAACGAUGAUUUCUGAAAAUGUUGGUGAACAAUCACAGAUACGUACUUUCAAACUUCCAUUUGUACCUACACUGACCAAACAAAUCGUUAGAAUUUUGACUAAUACUAAUGUUAGAAUUGUGGAAUAUUACAAGAAGACGAUCAGGAAUUAUUUCUCGAAGGUGAAAGACACAGUUCCCGGUAUACUCCAAACCAAUCUAGUAUAUAAACUAAAUUGCGGUGAUUGUGAAGGUAGUUAUGUAGGCCAGACCAAACAACUAUUAAAGAAUAUAAUCCGACAGCACCAAAAUGAUUGUAAGAAAGGCCUAACCACCACAGGACUAUCAGACCACUGUAAGAAUACCGGCCAUAAUUUCGAUUUUGAAAAUCCAAAAAUCCUUCACAGAGAAGAUAAUCUAGAAAAAAGACUGACUAAAGAAAUGAUUUCCAUAAAGAACACCGAAAAUAAUGUAAAUUUAAUUACUGAUACCAUGUCUCUGAAUAACAUAUAUAUUAAUUUGAUAAAAAGAUGCAAAUGA